CGUCUGUGUGAGGCGUGCCGGGAGUGUUCCGGCUACAUGGAGGAGGACACGGAUGCCCCCCAGGAGAGGGAAACUAAGGAUUUCCAGUUCAGACAGCUGAAAAAGGUACGGAUCUUCCAACCUACGCAAGAACUUCCCAAAGAUCGCUCCAGUCUCUUGGCCUUAUCCAACAAGUAUGGCUUCUUGUUUGUCGCUACCGCUCCUGGUCUGAAGAUUUUCUCCACCAAAGAUGUUCUUAUCCCAGUAAAACCUGGAGAGGACACAAACAGCAUUGGUGCCACUCCACCUGGGAUUGAAGUGCCAACGAAAUAUCCAGUGCAUCAUGUGGCCUUGAGUUCUGACAACCUCACUCUGUCUGUCUGCAUGUCCUCCAAUGACCAUGGCUGUAUAAUCUCUUUCUAUGAUAUUCGCACACUAUUGAACAAGGCGAGGCAGCCUAAACACCCCUUUGUAUCUCAAAUACUUCUGCGAGAUGCUGGAAGCUUCGUUGUAGACCUUAAAUGGAACCCAGUAGCUUCCAAUGUGGCUGUCUGUCUAAGUGAUGGCAGCAUCUCCGUCCUACAGGUCACAGAUACAGUAAGCAUGUACGCCAACCUGCCUCCGGCAACUGGGGUCACUUCAGUAUGUUGGAGCCCCAAAGGGAAGCAGCUGGCUGUCGGAAAACAGAAUGGCACAGUUGUCCAGUACCUCCCAAAUCUCCAAGAGAAGAAAGUUAUUCCCUGUCCUUCCUUUUAUGAUUCGGAUAAUCCAGUUAAAGUACUGGAUGUCCUUUGGAUCAGCACAUACGUCUUUUCAGUGGUGUAUGCAGCCGCCGAUGGCUCUGUGGAAACAUCGCCUCAGCUUGUGAUGGUUUUGCUUCCGAAAAGGGAAGACAAGCGAGGGGAACGUUUCCUGAAUUUUACAGAGAUCUGUUAUUGCAGCAUCAGCAAUGAGAGGCAGCAUCAUUUCUUUAUGAAUUACAUUGAGGACUGGGAGGUCCUUCUUGGAGCUUCUGCAGCAUCCAUUGAAGUCAGUGUAAUUGCCAAGCUACCUGAUCAGAACACCUGGGAACUGUGGAUUUUGGAAGAUUCUGGCCGAGCCGAGCUACCUGUGACCGACAGCAGCGAGGACACAUUGCCUAUGGGAGUUGUGCUUGAUUACAGCAGCCAGCUGGAAAUAGCAAUUAAUGAGGAGAAAAUCUUACCUCCUUCCCCCAUACUUGUGAUACUUUCCACCGAUGGUGUCCUCUGCCCUUUUCAUGCAAUCAACUUAAUUCCAAAUGUAAAGUCUUUAACCACACACCUGGAGGAGCUCAGCAUGGAGGGGGAACGACAGCCUAAAAGUGCAUCAAGUGUUGCUUCUCAUCCUUCCCCAUGCCUUGUAGCUCCACCUAGUUCACUUCCAGCCGUCAAUCCAGCCUUUAGCACUCCUAUAUCCAACCUCGCUUCGAAUGUUCUGCCAACACCCCCAGCUUUUAGUUUGCCUGUCACUGCCAGCAAACCUUCCCAGGUUUUUGGUUCUGCCACAGCAAGUUUUGCCAGUAAGCCACAGGCUACUUCACAGGCGUUUAGUGCUCCUACUGCAGGUUUUCCCAGCAGGCCUCAGGCUACUCCACAGGGAUUCGUUGCUGCUGCUCAGAGUGUUCCAAGCAAGCCUCAGGCUACACCACAGGGAUUCGGCGCUGCUGCUCAGAGUGUUCCCAGAAAGCCACAAGUCAGUGCUGCUUCGCUUUUUGGUGUCACGGCGGGUCCUGUUGGAAAACCCCAAGAAUCUGCAACAUCUUUCAGCUUUACCACAAAUUCACCAUCUGCUUCGAUAGGAACAACCAACACUGGCUUUUCUGUGCCCGCAAGUUCCCAGGGAUUUUCCUUUGCCAGUCAGGCACCUCCAGUUUUUGGAACCUCCACUUCCAUACCAGACAACUCCACAAACGCCCCAGUUCAAGCAACCAGCUCCAGUUUUCCAUUCUCUUCUAAUGUCAAAGUGAACCUUAAUGAGAAAUUUAAUGCAGCUGAGGCAGCAUCCAUGAAACCAUUUCAUACCCAGUCGUAUCCUUCAACAACCGCACCUGCGAAGUCCACAGGGGCAGCUGUUCCGCAGAGCAGUGUUGUGCCUCCAUCUCCUCAGUUGCAGUCCACGAUGGCUCCAAACCGGUCCUUUCCUGAUGGAUCCGCACUGCGCAUGCGUUCGCCCCAAAAUCCUGUGCGGCAGCACGAGCAGUUCUGGAUUCUCGCCGUGGGAGCGUGCAGCGAUAACGAGCUCGACUUUUCUUUUUCUUGGUCGUGCAUUACAGGAUACAGGGAGUUCAUUCUUAGACCACUAGGUUAUGCAGUUACCGUCAGCAAGUUCCCUAAGCUGCUCCAAAGCAUUGUGGAGCCUCCUGCAGCUAUCCAGAGCAGUAAUCUCCUCCGCAGAGCCAUGGCAGACCCUACCGGGACUUUGCUGGGAGGAACACGCCCUUCACCAGCAACCCCAGUAAUGCGCCAGAAGGCGUUGAAGAUCAGUUCAUCUGAGGUGAAGCAAACGCAUCCUCAGCCCCAAGCUACGGACCCCAUUCGAAAUGCAAUACAAGAAGAGAUUACUCACUUUCAGAAAGAGUUGGAUGAUUUAAAAGCUCGGACAGCGAAGGCCCGUUUCACUGUGGGGACUGAUGAGGAGAUGAGACGGUUAAAGACUGAGUCCAAUGAUCAUGAGUCCUUUAUGCGGGAAAUCAAAGCUGCCACAGAGUCUCUACAUAAUGAUAAUGGCUGCCUACAAACCACCCUGCGUGAUGCAUUUACAACCGUACAGGAUGCUAAAGAACUAAAUGAAAAAAAAAAGAAUCCAGUCUACCGCCGUCUUCUGCAGCAAAGACCUCUAGACCCCAAGAGUGAGGCUCAGAUGCAGGAGAUACACAGACUCAAUCAGUACGUGGAAAAUGCUAUUCAGGAUGUUAAUAAUGUCCUUGAUUAUCGGUGGGAUCAAUAUUUGUACAAUAAGAAAAACCAGAGAAAUGUUUAGGUUGGAAUAUUUUACACGGGCAUUGCUGUUCCACAGCGAGAGACUCUUUUUAACACGCUGGCUAGUCAUCAAGAGAUCAUCAACCAGCAAAGACGGCGUCUCAGCCAGCUGGUAUCCAAUUUGCACGAGCUUGGACUGUACAAUCAGACCUCUCAGUGGAGUGUACCCAUAGAGACUGGUCAGAGACAAUUUGAAGAAGAGCUAAAAAACCUGCAAAUUGCAAUGUCCAAGACUGCUUUGGACUUAAAGCCUCCGCCCUCACCUAAAGUUCAGCCCAAGAUAGCAAAAUUGAAGCUGAACCAGCUGAGAAAUUUUUUGGCCAACAGGAAACCGCCAGUAGUUAGAUCGCUGGCCCCAGUCAACCUUUGUCGGUCAUCCUUCCUGGCCCCAAGUUACUUUGAAGACUUGGAUGAUGUAAGCUCAACAUCCUCACUGUCUGAGGCAGCAGAUAAUGAAGAGAUUCAAGCACCCCCACAGCGUGAAGCAUUUAAACGGGAGACUCCACCACCGGAGGCGUUUUCUGUCCGAACUGCACGCCACGCAGCAGUGACACGUACUACAUCUGUGCAGCCAGGGUUUGGAACACCAUUGCCUCCAUUUGGCCCAAAAGCCCAGUCUCAAGUUGGUCCAUUUACAAGCACUCCCGCAGUACCUGCACAGUCAAUCAGAGUGAUCCCACAGGGUGCAGACAGCACAAUGUUGGCUACCAAGACUGUCAAACAUGGAGCUCCAACUGUCACGGCUUCGCAGGCAGCUGCCGCAGCAGCUUUAAGGAGGCAUAUGACCAAUCAGGUGUCAGCCUCCCUGACUGAAUCUACCCUACAAACUGUACCCCAGGUGGUCAAUGUUAAAGAAUUAAAGGGAAAUGGGCCUGGUCCAAACAUUUCCACAGUGAUUGGGCCUUCUGUUCCACAUUCUGCUGCCCAGGUGAUCAACCAGGUGCUAGUGACAGUAGGAUCAGCUCCUGCUAAGCAGGCUCAGGUUCCACCACCCAGUGGAUUAAAGACACCAACCGCUCUCGCACCUACCAGCAUUGUGCAACCAGGAUCUGUGUUGGCAACCAGCAAAACAGGACAAACCAGUUCAAAAUCUGAAGCCCAGGCUACAACUUCAUCAGCUAGCUUGUCUUCUGGUCUACCUAGUAACAAAGUAUUUUCUUUUUCAUCACCGAGUGGUGCGUUCAUGAUGGGUAAUGGGGCUCCAUCCUCUGCCCCUUCAUCCAGUCUGGGAAGCACAGCUCAAGUAAAGGACUCUAGCCAGCCAACCCCGUUUAUCAACAACAAUGUAAACAAGUUCCAGUUUGGCCUGGGAACCGAAUCAAACUUUGCUUUUGGGUCUCCUAAGGCAGCCGGUAGUAUCGCCACUGCUAGCCAUUCAGAUUCUACAAGUGCUAGAUCAACCUCUGCCCAAGCUCCUCCACCUACUACAUCACCAUCCACUGGUGUAGGCACUGCAGCUGCACAGACUUUCCCUGGUGGGGAGACUCUGGGCAGCUUUUCAGGCCUGAGGGUAGGUCAGGCUGAAGAAGUACUCAAGACAGAACCUCCUAAAGUCAGCCCAUCAUUACAGCCAGUAAAAGCGCCUGGUGCUUCUCCUUUGACAGGCGGUGGAGGAUUUCAGCCUUCAAAACCUGUAGAACCAGAUUCAACCACAAGCAGCACUUCAACCUUGUUUGGCAAUGCAAAAUUUACAAAUACUGAGGUAGCCGAUAGAAUGUUUAAUCCAAGUGGGAUUAAACCUAACUUCUCAUUUACACCACCAGCCACUGCAACUCCUGGAAUCGAAGCUUCGUCCUCGGCUCCAGUUACAUCGCCUCUGCCGUUGGGUGGUUUCACAGCUCCAUCACCUCAGACUCCUACAACAACCGUUGCUGCUGCACUGACUACACCUGUACCCAGCUCUGUAUCUGGGGAUGCCAAGCAACUAGCACCUGAAAAACCACCGAAUGAGCCAGUGGCACUCCCUGCCCAGUUGCAAGCAUUGCUUGCUGCCACAACUGAGAGAAGUAAGGAGCCUGUUUCUGCCCUUUCAACAGCUGGAAGAACAAUGCCCACUAUUCCUGCUGUUAUUCCUACAGUUAUUAAAUCACAACCUGUUACAGAAAGUAAGACAACUGCGCCCGUUUCCAUUUUUCAAACCACUAUGAGCGCCAAUGUCCCUAUUACUUCCAUAUCUUCAUCGAUCAGUCAUCUGGCUCUUGCUGCAACCACCACCUCUGAAGAACCCCCUUCUCAGACUCCAGUGUUAGUAACAUCAGCUUCUACAUCAGGCCCAACCAGUCCACCGGUCACAUCUACACCUGCAGGGUCUACUGCAACAGUCUCUUCUUUUGGCCAGUCACCUGUAGCAGCUGCGCCUACUCCAACAACAACAACAGCUAGUCCUAUCUUUGGCCAGGCCCCAGCAUCCAGUACAGGUACUCCUCUGUUUGGUCAGCCAAGCAGUACUUCAACCACCACAUCUGGGAUUACUACUUCUGGCUUUGGCGCACCAGGAUUUGGGUCAGCAGAUGGGGGUGGAGGCUUUGGACAGCCUACCUUUGGUCAAACGGCAUCACUUUGGAAAGCCCCAGCUAGCUCUGCUAGCAGCUUUUCCUUUGCACCAUCAGCCUUCGGAUCACAGACAGGCUUUGGACAGGCUCCUGCUUCAACAGCUGCCUCUAGUAAUGGUGGCAGCCUGUUUGGAGGGUCUGCAAACCCCAGCGCUGCAAGUACAUUCUCGUUUGCGCAGCCAUCAAGCAACAGCAAUGCAUCCACUUCUGGAGGAGGCCUGUUUGGACAGAGCAGCACACCAGCUUUUGGCCAAAACUCCACAUUUGGGCAGAGUGCUCCAGUUUUUGGCAGUGCAGACUCAUCUACAACGACCACAUCAUCUUCUGCAUUCGGCUUUGGACAGCCAUCAGCAUUUGGUUCCAGUUCCACUGGAUCAGUAUUUAGCCAAUCGCAAAGUGGCAACGCAACCGCCUUUGGACAGCAGCCGUCUUCCUCCAACGGGGGGCUUUUUGGCUCAAGCAACAGUAGUACAGGUGGUGGAGGUUUCUUUAGUGGUCUUGGUGGAAAACCAAGCCAGGAAGCUGCUAACAAGAACCCAUUUGGAUCAUCCACCACUGGAUUUGGGUCACCCGGCUCUACCAAUUCAAACAGUCUCUUUGGCAACAGUGGGGCAAAGAGUUUUGGAUUUGGCAGCACAUCAUUUGGAGAGGAAAAAGCUACGGGAACAUUCAGUGCUGGUGGCAGUGUGGCUUCUCAAGGGUUCGGCUUUUCCAGCCCCACCAAGACAGGUGGGUUCGGCGCUGCUCCGGUGUUCGGCAGCCCUCCAACAUUUGGGGGAUCCCCUGGAUUCGGAGGGGUGCCAGCAUUUGGUCCAGCCCAAACUUUUUCAAGCCCGCUGGGCUCGACUGGCGGCAAAGUGUUCGGAGAGGGUACAGCUGCAGCUAACACAGGAGGAUUUGGAUUUGGGAACAACAUGCCUAGUGCCACAUUUGGCAACCUGGCCAGCCAGACCGCUCCAACCUUUGGCAGUCUGUCCCAGCAAGGAAGUGGAUUUGGUGGACAGAGUAGCGGAUUUUCCGGAUUUGGUUCUCCUAGUAGUGGUGCGCCAUCAGGAAGCAGUGGAGGCUUUUCAUUUGGGGCGUCAAACCAGUCUACGGGAUCGGGAUUUGGGGGUGGCUGGAGGGGCUGAAUGGAAGAAG